AUGAAUAUCAGCAAGCAGAUUGCAUUUUGCAAAGAUCAUUAUGAGUCCCCACCUUCAAAAUUACUCUGUGUUUACACAGCAUUAGUUAAGAGCCGUGAUACAGUGCUGGGAAGAGCGGCCACAUGUGAUCAGCGUGGGUGCUGCUGGAGACCUCAGGGGACCAUAAGUGUGCCCUGGUGCUACUAUUCUAAAAGUCAUGGUUAUCAAAUGGAGGGUGACCUUGUCAAAACAAAUGCAGGAUUCACAGCCCAGUUGAAAAGGUUGCCUUCUCCAUCCUUAUUUGGAAAUGAUGUCAACAAUGUCCUUCUCACAGCAGAAUACCAGACGUCCAAUCGUUUCCACUUUAAGCUAACUGACCAGAGCAAGGACAGGUACGAAGUACCUCAUGAACAUGUGCAACCCUUCAAAGGAGUUGCUGCUUCUCCCUUGACCUAUGAAGUUAUGGUCUCCAAACAGCCAUUUAGCAUCAAAGUGAUCAGAAGAAGUAAUAAUCGUGUUCUGCUGGACUCAGGCAUUGGACCCCUCCUGUUUGCCGAUCAGUUCCUGCAGCUCUCCACCCGACUGCCCAGUGCUAACGUGUACGGUCUGGGAGAACAGGUGCACCCACAGUACCAGCAUGAUAUGAAGUGGAAGACCUGGUCCCUGUUUGCCAGGGACACAACCCCCAGUGGGGAUGGAACUAACUUGUAUGGUACACAGACAUUCUUCCUGUGUCUUGAAGAUGCUAGUGGAUUGUCCUUUGGAGUGUUUCUGAUGAACAGCAAUGCCAUGGAGGUUGCCUUCCAGCCCGCGCCAGCUGUCACUUACCGCACCAUCGGGGGCAUUCUCGACUUCUAUGUGUUUUUGGGAAACACUCCAGAGCAAGUUGUUCGAGAGUAUCUAGAGCUCAUUGGACGGCCAACCCUUCCCUCAUACUGGGCACUUGGAUUUCAUCUCAGUCGUUAUGAUUAUGGAACACUAGAUAGCAUGAAGGAAGUCGUGGAGAGAAACCGUGCGGCAGGGCUCCCUUAUGAUGUUCAGCAUGCCGAUAUUGAUUAUAUGGAUGAGAGGAAGGACUUCACUUAUGAUCCAGUCAAUUUUAAAGGUUUCCCUGAGUUUGUUAAGGAGUUACACAAUAACAGUCAGAAAUUGGUCAUCAUUGUGGAUCCAGCCAUCUCCAACAACUCUUCGCCCAGCAAUCCCUACGGCCCGUAUGACAGGGGUUCGGGCAUGAAGAUAUGGGUGAAUGCUUCAGAUGGGGUGACUCCACUCAUUGGGGAGGUCUGGCCUGGAAAAACUGUGUUUCCUGAUUAUACCAACCCUGAUUGUGCUGUUUGGUGGGCAAAGGAAUUUGAGCUUUUCCACAACCAAGUAGAGUUUGAUGGAAUCUGGAUUGAUAUGAAUGAAAUCUCCAACUUCGUUGAUGGUUCCGUUUCAGGAUGUUCCACGAGCAAUCUAAAUUAUCCCCCAUUCACUCCUAGAAUCCUGGAUGGGUACCUGUUCUCCAAGAGUCUCUGCAUGGACGCAGUCCAGCACUGGGGCAGGCAGUAUGACGUCCACAAUCUCUAUGGCUACUCCAUGACAAUGGCCACGGCAGAAGCUGUCAAGACUGUGUCCCCUAAUAAGAGAAGCUUCAUUAUAACCCGUUCUACCUUUGCGGGAUCUGGCAAGUUUGCAGCCCACUGGUUAGGAGACAACGCAGCCACCUGGAAUGAUCUUCGGUGGUCUAUCCCUGGUGUGCUGGAAUUCAACCUUUUUGGUAUCCCAAUGGUGGGUGCUGACAUAUGUGGCUUUGCACUGGAUGCCCCUGAGGAGCUCUGUAGGCGGUGGAUGCAGCUGGGGGCAUUUUAUCCAUUCUCCAGGAAUCACAAUGGCCAAGGCUACAAGGCCCAGGAUCCUGCCUCCUUUGGAGCUGACUCUCUGCUGUUGAACUCCUCCAGGCACUACCUUACCAUCCGCUACACCCUAUUACCCUACCUCUACACCCUCUUCUACCGCGCCCACAGCCGGGGGGACACAGUGGCCAGGCCCCUUCUGCAUGAGUUCUAUGGGGACAGCAGUACGUGGGAUGUGCACCGACAGUUUUUAUGGGGCCCCGGCCUCCUCAUCACUCCGGUUCUGGAUGAGGGUGCAGAGAAAGUGAUGGCGUAUAUGCCCGAUGCCAUCUGGUACGAUUACGAGACUGGGGCCCGAGUGAGAUGGAGGAAGCAAAGGGUGGAGAUGGAACUUCCUGGAGACAAAAUUGGACUUCACCUUCGCGGAGGCCACAUCUUCCCCACACAACAGCCAGCCACCACCACAGUGGCCAGCCGCCGGAACCCUCUUGGUCUUAUCAUUGCCCUAGAUGAUAACAAAGAAGCAAAAGGCGAACUUUUCUGGGAUGAUGGGGAAACUAAAGAUACUGUGGUCAAUCAAGUUUAUCUCUUUUGUGAGUUUUCUGCCACCCAGAACUACUUGGAUGUGAAGAUUUUGCAGUCAACUUACAAAGACCCCAAUAAUUUAGUAUUUAAAGAGAUUAAAAUUCUUGGGACCCAGGAACCUACCAGUGUUAUUGUGAAACACAAUGGUCUCCCAAGUCAAAUUUCUCCUAAUGUCACUUAUGAUUCUAACUUACAGGUUGCUCUUAUCACGGGAAUUGAUCUUAUCCUGGGAGAAGCAUACACGGUGGAGUGGGACCUGAAGAUAAGGGAUGCAGAAAAAAUAGACUGUUUCCCCGAUGAGAGCGGUGCUUCUGCAGAAAACUGUACUGCCCGUGGCUGUGCCUGGGAGGUACCCACUUCUCCUGGAGUCCCGUUUUGUUAUUUCGUCAAUGAUCUGUACUCUGUCGACAAUGUUCAGUGCGACUCACAGGGAGCCACUGCGACCAUCUCCUUAAAGUCUUCUGUCUAUGCCUCUGCUCUGCCCUCAGUACCUGUGACCUCCCUCCGUCUGCGUGUGACCUACCAUAAGAAUGACAUGCUGCAGUUUAAGAUUUAUGAUCCUAACAAUAAUCGGUAUGAAGUCCCGAUCCCUCUCAACAUACCCACAGUUCCAUCCAGCACCUCUGAGAGUCAACUCUACGAUGUCCUCAUUAAGAAGAAUCCGUUUGGGAUUGAAAUUCGCCGGAAGAGUACAGGCACUGUGAUUUGGGACUCUCAGCUCCUUGGCUUUACCUUCAACGACAUGUUCAUCCGCAUCUCCACUCGCCUUCCCUCCCAGUACAUCUAUGGCUUUGGGGAAACAGAGCACACAGCCUUUCGGAGAGACUUGAACUGGCACACAUGGGGGAUGUUUUCCAGAGACCAGCCCCCAGGGUAUAAGAAGAAUUCCUACGGAGUCCACCCCUACUACAUGGCACUGGAGGAGGAUGGAAGUGCCCAUGGGGUGCUCCUGCUAAACAGCAAUGCCAUGGAUGUGACAUUCCAGCCCCUGCCUGCCUUGACAUAUCGCACCAUAGGAGGAAUUCUGGACUUUUAUGUGUUCUUGGGGCCAACUCCAGAGCUUGUCACUCAGCAGUAUACUGAGCUGAUUGGUCGGCCAGUGAUGGUUCCUUACUGGUCCUUGGGGUUUCAGCUGUGUCGCUACGGAUACCAGAACGACUCUGAGAUUGCCAGCUUGUAUGAUGAGAUGGUGGCUGCCCAGAUCCCUUACGACGUGCAGUACUCGGAUAUCGACUACAUGGAGCGGCAGCUGGACUUCACCCUCAGCCCCAAGUUCAUGGGAUUUCCAGCUCUGAUUAAUCGCAUGAAGGCUGAUGGGAUGCGGGUCAUCCUCAUUCUGGACCCAGCUAUUUCUGGUAACGAGACACAGCCCUAUCCUGCAUUCACUAGGGGUGUGGAGGAUGAUGUCUUCAUCAAGACGCCAAAUGGUGGAGACAUUGUCUGGGGAAAGGUGUGGCCUGAUUUCCCUGAUGUCUUUAUAGACAAGUCUCUAGACUGGGAGACUCAAGUGGAGGUAAAGGGCUGUGGACGUGGAGCUGUGCAGGAGGUGACGGGACAGAGAGGCAUUGUCAUCACCCGCUCCACGUUCCCCUCUUCUGGCCGCUGGGGAGGCCACUGGCUGGGCGACAACACAGCUGCCUGGGACCAGCUGAAGAAGUCUAUCAUUGGCAUGAUGGAGUUCAGCCUCUUUGGCAUAUCUUAUACAGGAGCAGAUAUUUGUGGGUUCUUUCAAGAUGCUGAAUAUGAGAUGUGUGUUCGCUGGAUGCAACUGGGGGCCUUUUACCCCUUUUCAAGGAACCACAACACCAUUGGGACCAGGAGACAAGACCCUGUGUCCUGGGAUGCUGCGUUUGUGAAUAUCUCCAAAAGUGUGCUGCUGACCAGAUACACCCUGUUGCCGUAUCUCUACACCCUGAUGCACAUGGCCCACACGGAGGGCAGCACCGUCGUGCGGCCUCUUUUCCAUGAAUUUUUGUCAGACCGGGUGACCUGGGAUGUAGACGGCCAGUUUCUGCUGGGCCCAGCCUUCCUGGUCAGCCCUGUCCUGGAGCCUAAUGCCAGAAAUGUCACUGCGUAUUUCCCUAGAGCCCGCUGGUAUGAUUACUACACGGGUGUGGACAUUGGAGCAAGGGGAGAGUGGAGGUCCUUGGCGGCCCCUCUUGACCACAUUAAUCUUCAUGUCCGUGGGGGCUACAUCCUGCCCUGGCAAGAGCCCGCACAGAACACCCACUUAAGCCGUCAGAAAUUCAUAGGCUUCAAGGUUGCCUUGGAUGAUGAGGGGACUGCUAAUGGCUGGCUCUUCUGGGAUGAUGGGCAAAGCAUUGAUACUUAUGGAAAAGGACUCUAUUACCUGGCCAACUUUUCUGCCAACCAGAACAUGAUGCAGAGUCAUAUAAUUUUCAACAAAUACAUCACUGAUUCAAACCCACUGAAACUGGGCUACGUUGAGAUCUGGGGAGUGGGCAGUGUUCCCAUUUCCAGUGUCAGCAUCUCAGUGAGCAGCAUGGUGAUAACGCCAAACUUCACUAACGACCCUGUGAUACAGGUGUUAAGCAUUGACGUGACCAGCAGAGACAUCAGCCUCCAUAAUUUCAUUUCACUAACGUGGAGAAGCACUCUGUGAAUUUUUAGAGAAAGAUCUUAAUUACAAACAGCUUUGGAACUACUUAUAUCUUAUGCUUAUAAAAUUAUUGUGUGUUGUUAAUUCAUUCAUGCUCAGUAUGGGUAAAGUAUUUUGUUAAUUUUGUCAUAUAUUUUGUCUGUGUCUUGGCCCUGUGGUAUGGGCCAUAGGGAAAUGUGAGAAAUCGAUGGGUUGUUUUCCUAUCUCUGUGUGAUGAACAUGGUACUGAUGGCUCCUCAUAUAAUAUCUACUGAAGAUGAACUGGGUCCACGAUGAAGGGGUGUGAGUGUGGGUGG